AUGCCACAUUUAUCGUCUUUCGUUCUUUUUCCCCGCCUUCCACCAGAACUUCGCCACGUAAUAUGGCAGCAAACGCUUCCUGACAAUGCGCCAACAUUGUAUUUACACACCAGACGUCGCAGCAUCUCUACCCCCCUUACUGGCUCCGACAGGAUAGGGUCGGACCACUCAGAAAACGGCGGGUGCAACUUGAUCUCACACCAGAGCAGUCUCGCCGACGUUCAUCUCGAGCUCCCUCUCUUCUUCGUCAAUCGCGAGGCGAAUCGUAUCGCCGCUGCCUGGAUCCGAGAGCAGGGGAUUCUAAUGACUCUCUGUGAGGAUAGCCAAAACCAUGCGUUUUUACGCCCGUACGACAUGGACCGCGAUACGGUCUACAUCCCAUCUGACGAAAUCGACCAACUUUCCUCCUCCCUCCCGAGCAUGUUCGGGCACAUUUGCUGCUCCGAGCCAAACUUGGCUCGUAUAGCGGUACCCAAAGAGGUGCUGUAUCAAGACAGCAGUAUUCUGGCCGAGUUGUUAAGCUUGUUUCUCAUGGAGACGCUGUACGUCAUCGUUGGGAUCCAGCCGGGCUCUAGGGACGGGGACGAUAUCCAUCUAUCAGGUGGAAGGUGGGAGCUUGCGAGCCCGCAAAGUAACAUGGCUCUUGUGUGGAACCGAAGUCGGGGUUGCUUUCAUUGGCGUGAAGGGGAGAGUGUCGGAAGCGAAGAGCUACAUGGCCGAAUGGAGCAAGCUAGCAAAGAACUUAUCAGAGCGCUCGACUGGAUCAAAGUGGACCGCUUUGAGAUAUUGCCUGUGUCCGCGGUGAGAACAACUUGA